UCCGGCGCUCUGCACACCGUAAGCGCUCAGUAAAUGCGAUUGAUGAUGAGGACGAUGAUGAUGUUGAUGUCCGUAGGGCUCCUGUCCGGGGUGGCAGCCCGUCGGACCCCCUGGCUCGGACUGCGCCCCGUCCACGGCCGCGCCGGAGCCCCGCGGGGUCAAGCGGAGCCCGGGCAGGUGCCCCCCGGGGUGGAGUACAUCCCGCAGAAGACGGCCAAGAACCCCAUGAGGCCCGUGGGGCUGGCCUGGGCCAUCGGCUUUCCGUGCGGCAUCCUCCUCUUCAUCUUCACCAAGCGCCAAGUGGACCGGAACCGGGCCAAGCAGCUCCGGGCGCGGCGGAACAUGCGGGCGGCGAACGCGGGGGCCUACGAGCGCCAACGCUAUCUGGACCACGCCUCGGGCCCGGCUCCUGGCCCCUAGCCCGACCCCCUGCCCCCCAGCCUGAUCAUCAUCAAUCGGAUUUAUUGAGCGCUUACUGGGUGCGGAGCA